CCAAACGUACCAUCAGUCCGUCCGUCCGAGUUAUUCUACAGGAUACACAUAGCAAAUAAACAAAUGGCAUUACCUUUGACUCUUGUAUUUGUUUCGGCUUUGUUGAUCUUCAAGGCCGGAGCUUUCCCUUUCAUCGAUAAUGAGGCUGCCGUGGUUGCCGAACGAUCGAAUCUGACUAGCGCAACCACCGAUCUCUGCCUGCGCGAAGGCGGUUUGUGCGUGAUCAAAAGCCAAUGCCCUCAAGACAAACUGGCGUCCAAGAAGGGCCUAUGCGGCAAAGCGGACAAGGAAUGCUGCCACUCACUGCCAGAUACUAUCGUCGAUUGCCAGGAACGCGGCGGAAUGUGCAGGCUGUCGUCCGAAUGCAGAGGAGCUCCUCGUGAUGAGCUCGGUCGUUGCGACGCUGGUCACGUUUGCUGCAUCCUCAUUAGAUAAAGUGGAAUUAUUCGUCGUCGUGUACGCAGAGUUAUUCCCUUUUUUACUUACAUAAUAAUAAGCAAACUAAUCAAAAAGUAUCAAUCGGAAAAUUGUGAAACGGGACUAUUAUAAUAUCAUAAUCUCAAAUGAUUGUUUGAUUGUUAAUAAAUGGUAUAUAUCUGGUGUUUAUCGGGAACAAUAAUAAACCAUACUGGCAUUAUUAUAAAGUUUCUUUGUAUAUUUUUUGAAAAUCUUUUUCAAGUUUUUUCUUUUUUUCUUGGUGAGUGAAUCGAUUGAAUUUUGUUUCACUCUUUACAUUUUCCUUCUUUACACGAGGUGAACGCAACAACAGCAGCUCGGAGAUACAACAGUCGACGCUAUACGAUUUCAACGUCUUUUCAAUGGCGGAAUUUCGCGAUCGAUACAA